AUGAUGGAGGACUUCAACAGCGAGACGGAUAGUGACUACACAAGUUACUGGAGAGACUGGUUUGUCUCUUCCCGAGGAAAUGAGUACUUCUGCGAGAUCGACGAGGACUACCUGACAGAUCGGUUCAACUUGACUGGUCUGAACACCGAGGUUCCGUACUAUCAGUAUGCACUGGACCUGGUGACCGAUGUCUUCGAUCUGGAUGCCGACGAUGAUCUGCGUGAGCAGAUCGAAAAGUCCGCCCGUCACCUUUAUGGCCUUGUUCAUGCCCGUUACAUUGUCACUACCCGUGGUCUUGCUAAGAUGCUUGAUAAGUACAAGAAAUGCGACUUUGGAAAAUGCCCCCGCGUUGUGUGCGAAGGACACCCACUUCUGCCCAUGGGCCAGUUUGAUCUCCCCAACAUGAGCACCGUCAAGCUAUACUGUCCCAAGUGCGAGGACAUCUACAACCCCAAAUCCUCCCGACACGCCUCCAUCGACGGCGCCUACUUCGGAACCUCCUUCCACUCAAUCCUAUUCCAGGUCUACCCGGCCCUUAACCCCGAGAAGAGCAUGCGCCGCUAUGAGCCCAAAAUCUACGGCUUCAAAGUUCACGCUGCGGCUGCGCUCGCCCGCUGGCAAGAUGGCUGGCGCGAGGAUUUGCACUGGCGCCUAGCUGAGUUUGACAUGACCCACAAAUUUAUCGAAGAAAGUGAGAGCGAAGAAGAUGGAUUCGAUUACGCUGAAGAGCCCGAGGGUGCUAAGGUCGACAAGGUGGUGGCAGAGACUGCAUCGGGCCGGAUGGAUUUGGGCAAAUGA